CGAUGCCUCUGUGUGAUCGGUUUCCAGUAGGUAAGUGCCACACACAGCAUCGCCAGGUUAUCCAUUAAUUCCAAGUUGGGAACACUCCCAUUUUAAACAAGAAGGGAGGUUUCACUACUAAAUCCCUCCUGCCAAGUGCUCUCACUCCCUGUUUGCGACCCUUUUUCUCCAUAAAAGAAAUCCAAUAAAAUCUGUUGCUCCUGACUAAAAAGCAGCAGCCCCAUGAGGAGAAUCAAAUAGAGGACGGGAGAGGAGCACCGAGCAUCACUCUGAUAAGACCACCCCGGGCUGAGCGCAGGAGAAUUCUGGACCAUACAAAAACUACCUGAAUGACAAAUAGGACCUACGUUAAAACAACUGUGACUGUAUUAAUCAUCCAAGGAUGGGGGAAUCAAAGGAUUCUGUUGCAGAGGAGAGACCCAAAUGGGACAACAAGGUCCAGUACCUGCUGACAUGCAUUGGCUUUGCAGUUGGAAUUGGAAAUGUUUGGCGGUUUCCCUAUCUCUGCCAGAUCUAUGGAGGGGGUGCGUUCCUCAUCCCUUAUCUGAUUGCUCUGGUGUUUGAGGGCCUCCCCCUGCUCUACCUGGAGCUGGCAAUAGGACAGAGGAUCCGCAAAAGCAGCAUCGGAGUCUGGACCUCCAUCUCACCUAUGCUGGGUGGAGUCGGCAUUGCCUCCAUGGUGGUAUCAUUCUUGGUGGCCAUGUUCUACAACACCAUCAUUGCCUGGGUGCUCUGGUACUUCUUCAAUUCUUUUCAAAACCCGCUCCCUUGGAGUCAGUGUCCUUUGAAUGAAAGCAAGACAGCCUUUAACACUGAGUGUGAGAAGAGCACUCCAGUGAAUUACUUCUGGUACCGUGAGACCCUGAACAUCACCCCUGACAUUGAGAGCAGCGGAUCCCUGCAGUGGUGGAUGGUUCUCUGUCUGGCCACCGCCUGGUCUGUGAUCUACAUCUGCUUCAUCAAAGGCAUUGAGUCCUUUGGAAAGGCAGUUUAUGUGACAGCCACAUUCCCAUACUUGGUCCUGACCAUAUUCCUGAUUCGUGGUCUCACUCUGCCCGGAGCUACUGAUGGGCUGGUGUAUCUCUUCACCCCUGACUGGGAAAUACUAAAAAAACCCCAGGUGUGGUUAGAUGCUGCAACCCAGAUCUUCUUCUCUCUUUCUGUGGCAUUCGGAGGUCUCAUAUCAUUCUCCAGCUAUAAUGCAGAGAGGAAUGACUGUGAGAGAGAUGCCAUUGUUGUGGGAAUAACAAACAGUGCCACAUCCCUCUAUGCAUCUAUUCCCAUUUUUUCCAUACUGGGAUUUAAAGCGACAACAGCCUUCAACAACUGUCGACAAGAAAACAUCCUGACUCUGACCAAUCGCUUUGACAUCUCAGACCAAAACAUAACACUGGAAAACUAUGACAAGUGGUUUAAUUAUUUAAAUCUGACACAUCCAGGGGAUAUGUCCACUUUGCCCCUAAAGGUCUGUGACCUACAGAACUUUCUUGAUCAGAGUGCUUCAGGAACGGGCCUGGCCUUUAUAAUAUUCACAGAGGCGGUCUUAGAGAUGCCUGGGUCCCAGGUCUGGGCCAUAUUGUUCUUUGUCAUGCUCUUCAGCUUGGGUCUGUCCUCCAUGUUUGGCAACAUAGAAGGAGUAAUCACACCCCUCCGUGAGCUCAAACUGGUCCCCAAGUGGGUCCCCCAUGAAGUUCUGUCAGGGGUCGUCUGUUUGUUAUCUUUCUUGAUCGGGCUCAUCUUCACCCUAGGUUCUGGUAACUACUGGGUGGAGGUCUUCAACGGCUAUGUGGGCUCUGUACCUUUACUCAUCGUCGCAUUUUUUGAGAUAAUUGGAGUCAUUUAUGUCCAUGGAAUUAAAAAAUUUAGUGAAGAUAUUUACUUCAUGACUGGGAGGAAGCCCAACAUCUACUGGAAGGCAUGCUGGAUGGUGAUCAGUCCAACAAUGCUCCUGGUGGUUUUGAUUGCUUACGUGGCUAUCCAGGCCACAAAAUACCCGACAUAUCCUGCAUGGAAUCCAGACUAUGAAUUAUUUCCUGAAACUGAGAUGAAGCCCUACCCAGACUGGGUGUUUGGCAUAAUCGUCCUUCUCAUCGUUAUGCCCGUUAUUUCCAUCCCACUGGUGGGUCUCUACAACCUGAUCCGCUGUAGAAUCAAGAAAUCUUCUGUCAAAGCUUCCCCCAACCCCUACAACAAUGAAGCCUUUGAGAUUGAAACAGAGGAACAAAGGAAACAACGAGUUUAAAGGAUAAACAAAGUUCACAUGCCACUGCUUUUUAACACGGAAGAGUUUCUCCAACAGAUAACAGAUGUUGAUUAUGAAGAUGCAUUUGAACUGGACAUGUAAAAUAAGAAAAAAAUAUAUUUCUACGCCUAACUCAAUUUUCUACACUUGAAAAUACUUUAUUUAACUGUGAACAACCUCAUACCUUGUUCUGUAAAACAAUUAAAAAUGGGAUUUGGAUAUAUUUAUAAAAUUAACAUAAAGAAAAAACAACCAGAA